AUGAGUACUGCAACGAACGGAGACCUGAACAAUACAGCAGCAGAGCGUGUUCGGGCUGAGAUUGCCACAGACCCGGCGUACCAUCGCACUUCGCUUGCGAUACCUGCCUACGAAGACGAGGCUCGCCUCAGAAAAACGUAUCGACCCUUUCUGCUGGACGAUGCAUACCUAGACCGAGAUUGGGUCGCUCGGCUCGAGCUUAGCACAACAUUGAAGAUGGUGGAUUCCCAAAUCCUCAAGAGUGGGGCCGAAAGACUGAGGGUUCUUGUGUUGUAUGGCAGCAUGCGAGAAAGGUCCUACUCACGUCUGCUAGCUUUUGAGGCUAGUCGCAUACUCUUCCGGCUCGGCUGCGACGUGCGCAUAUUCGACCCGAGCGGACUGCCUGUAAAAGACGACACUCAGCACUCGCACCACAAAGUGCAAGAGCUACGAGACCUGAGCAAGUGGAGCGAUGGACACGUCUGGAUAAGCCCUGAGCAGCACGGAAACCUUACUGCGGUUUUCAAGAACCAGAUCGACUGGAUACCACUCUCAACAGGUUCUGUUCGGCCAACUCAAGGCCGUACGUUGGCGAUUGCGCAAGUCUCCGGCGGAUCUCAGUCUUUCAACACUGUAAACUCUCUGCGCAUCCUCGGACGGUGGAUGCGCAUGUUUGCCAUCCCGAACCAGAGCUCAAUCCCUAUGGCUUAUACGCAAUUUACGGAGGAACAUGCAGACGAAGGAGGGAGCAGGCUUAUGCCCAGCGGAAACAGAGACAGGCUAGUUGACUGUAUGGAAGAAUUUGUGAAGUACACCUUGGUAAUGCGGCCACAUUUCGAUCUUUUCGGGGACCGAUAUAGCGAGAGAGAGGAAAAGAGGGUCAAAGAGAGGAAAGCGAGAUUGUCGGAAAAACAGAACGGUGUCUCUUUGACUGAAAUGUGA